CACACACACACACACACACACACACACACACACACACACAGGCAGCAAAGCCUGCAGAUCAUCCAAUCAACUUCUCACACGGCCUCAUACAGAUCUACACGGACAUCGAGCACCAGAAAAUAGAGAUUACAUUUAUUUUAAAACACCAGGGGUACCAUGGUUCGAACAUUGAACAAUAUGGAGGAGCUGAGAGCUUCUAGGUUUGGUCGUCCCUCACCCAGGCACGGACUCAAGCUCCUUUUCUGGUUCGCCAACGAUUACAUCGUCUUCGACGAUGACAACCAGAUGGUUGCAGAUUACGACCCCAAAGAUGGAGACUUUGGUUUCCAUCACUUCCGGAACAGACUUGAGUGUGAAAACAAUGUCUGCAAGAAGCUGCUUCCUGAUGGUGGCUACCCAUUCUAUGAGGUGGGCAACCUCCACCUCACAGCAUCUGAUUCCAUGCCUAAAUAUGUCAGGAAGUACAACACUGGUAACAUAGAUACCAGCAACAUGGACCGCCUCAUCAUCAGUAUGCGUCCUGACAUGACAGUGGAUAAGGUCUAUGUGACCCAGCACGAGGACCUGAGGAGCUUCGACCCGGUCAACACCUAUUGCAUCAGCAGGGGGUUGCUCAUGAUCAUAUGUGGCCAUUCAUUCGCGGACAUGUCAUUUAGGAACUUCCUGGAACAGGCGGGAUAUUCCACCCAUGAGCCAAUGGGAUAUAUCUAUCAGAGUUCUAGUCCCGCCCAAAUCCAAUUCCCAAGCCCCGCCCCCAGGGAGUCUAGGGAUACCAGAAUGAAUAUAGCAGUUGGAUCCAGAGUUCCACCCAGAGCUGCACCCAGAGUUCCACCCAGAGCUGCACCAGGCUUCUGGGAAAACUACUGUACCAUACUGUAAUCUUUCUAUUUCACCUUUAUUUAACCAGGUAGACCAGUUGAGAACAAGUUCUCAUUUACAACUGCGACCUGGCCAAGAUAAGCAAAGCAGUGCGACACAAACAACAACACAGAGUUACACAUGGGAUAAACAAACGUACAGUCAAUAACACAAUAGAAAAAGUCUAUAUACAGUGUGUGCAAAUGGUGUAAGGAGGUAAGGCAAUAAAUAGGCCAU